AUGACGGCUUCCGAGCGCCCGCGUGGCCAGGAGCAUAUCCCGGACUACCCCAAGGCCUGGAUAUGGAUGCGCCUAUUCCAAAUCAUCACCAGCCUCGUCGUUCUCUUCCUCUCCAUCCACACCCUAGAAGAAUUCCACGUCCCGACCGGUCUCCAGGUCGUCAUGAUUGUCAUAUCUGCUUCCACCGUCGGCGUUGCUAUCCUGCUCAUCAUCGCCCAAUUCGCUUCGCCCCCAAUGUUCAGAUGGUGGACGCCUCUCAUCUCAGACUGCGCAGUCUUCGUUGCCUGGGCCGUCUCUGCUCCGCUCUUGAUUGAGCAGACGUCUGAUCUUGUGGCCAAGCGAGGCACCGUUCACGGGAGUGGCGAGAAUCCUGUUGGACACCGACAUGAUGGCUCGAACCCUAUCCCGACGAACCACGUCGAUACUCUUUAUGCUAUAGGCGCAAUGGGAUGUCUAGAGAUUGCUCUCUUCUUUUUGUCCUGGGUCGUUGACUCCAUCGUCAUUAACCGUCACCGCAAAGCUGGUCUCCCUUGCCAGCCACUCAAAAAAAGGGGUUCCUUUGCUGAGGGACCUCAAGCCAGAUCAAUGAAGGUUUCGCCCCCCACGAAGCCUCGAGCCAAGAAGCAACGUAAGGGCCUGGCCAAGGUAUUCGGCUUCGUAUCAGACGGUGGUGCGGGGGGAGGCGGAGGAAGAUACGAUGGUGGAGGAUGUGACGGCGGCGGCGGAGGUGGUGGUAGUGGUGGGUGUGACGGCGGCUGA